AUGAGAACUUCUAAGGAGGGUGAAGGAGUGGUUGGAAGCAAAGGGAGGUUGCAAUUAAACCAGGUUCUUGAAUUGGAUGGGGAGAAAGAGUUGUUGGAUGAUGUAGGGGAAUAUUUUAGUGAUGAUGGGUUUGACGAAGAUGAUGGGGUAGGUGAUGGUGUAGAGUCUGAAGAUGGGGGAGUUGAGGAGGUAGAAGUUGGUGAAGAACGUUGGGAAGAUGGCGAGGAUGAUGUUGUGGAUGAUUAUGAUGAAGCAUUAGAUGAAGGAGAUGAAUUAGAUGAAGAAUUGUGUAUUGAAAAUGAUGAUGACCUGAAUGAGGUUAAUGAUGAUAAUUAUGAUGAAUCCGGAGAAAUGGGAGUGGGGCGAAACACUACUUGUAUGGAGGAUGGAGACAUUGGCGGCCCUGGUGAUGGAGAUGGGGUUUCAACCAUUAACGCAGAUAUGUAUACAACUCCUACGAAGCGGAACAAAGGUCCCGUUCUACCGACCCCUUCUGUUGGAAUUUCUUUUGCUAAUUGGGAAGCAUUGAAUAACUAUUUUCGAUCCUAUGGGGAGCAACAAGGUUUUGGUGUAGUGUGUAUGGGAGGGAAUAAGAGCGGGGUGAAAGACAGUGAAACGGGCAAAUCGAAUUCCCUGAGGACCUAUGUUUGGAGGUGUGAGUGUCAUGGAAGGCCAAAAUACCGGCGGAUGGUGAAUGGCAGGGUAGUUACCUGCGCAGAGGAACCAAUUCUUAAGAGGAAGACGAAGAAGUGUAGUUGCCCUGUUAUGCUAUAUGGGGCUCGGACCAAAGAGAACUUAUGGGUUGUGAAGAGUGUUGUUACUGAACAUUUGAACCACAUUCCCACUCCUACCAAGUCCAACCAUAUUUCCAUGUUCCGGGUCAGGAAAAUAACUCAGACAAUCCUGAAACAGAUUGAAAAUUAUCACGAUUCAGGUGCACCUGUGGCUCAGAUUUUCAAUAACUUAGCGGGAAGAAGGAAUGGUGUAGAGAAUAUUGUUUUUACGAAGAAAGACGUGCAUAAUAUUUUGAAUAGGAGGAUGCGAUUGAGGCUACGAGAUGGGGAUGCUGUUGCAAUGAUAAAUUAUUUAGAUAAAAUGACAAAGGAUAAUCAAAAUUUUUUCCAUCUCCACCGGCUUGAUAAAACAGGGAAGUUCCAGGAUGUAAUGUGGGUUGAUGCUCGUAGCAGAGCUGCGUAUGAGUAUUUUGGGGAUGUGGUUUGUUUUGACUCCACGUACUUGACAAACAAGUAUGAUUUGCCAUUUUCGAACUUUGUUGGGGUGAAUCACCAUGGGAAAACAAUUUUGCUUGGAUGUGCAUUAGUGUCUCAUGAAACCGCGGAAACGUUCGUUUGGCUCUUUAGGGCAUGGUUGUCUUGUAUGGGGGGUAAAGCUCCCGCUGCUAUUAUGACCGACCAGGAUGCGGCUAUGAGGAAGGCAAUUAGAAUAGCAAUGCCAAUGCCUAAAACCAGACAUCUUUGGUGUAUGUGGCAUAUUAUGCAGAAGUUCAGCCGAAAAUUGGGUUCGAUGACUGAUUUUCCCCAAAUAAAAGUUGCCCUACAGACUGUCAUAUACAACAGUUUGACCCCUGUUGAAUUCGAAGAAGGUUGGGCUGAAGUGGUGGAAACUUUCAAGCUGAAGGAGGCUAAGGAAAGCUACAAGUGGCUAGUAGGGUCGUAUAAUCAGCGAGAAAUGUGGAUACCUGUAUAUGUGAAGCAUAUUUUUUGGGCGGGGAUGCAGACUACUCAGAGGGUUGAGAGUAUUAACAGUUUCUUCGACGGGUACUUGAAGAAGAAUACGAGAUUAUAUCAGUUUGCUCCUAGGUACUGCAAGGCCAUGGAAAGUAGGGCCAAUGAUGAAAAAGCUGCUGAUGUGAACUGCUGUCGUUUUACUCGGUCUUUGGUUGGAGAGUUUGCUGUGGAGAGGAAGUUCCAGAAACUAUAUACGGAUGCGAAGUUCGUUGAAGUCCAGAUCCAAUGUAUGCGGGUAUGUUACGUAACACCUAUUACUUCGAAAGUAGUUUCUGAUGUGGAGGUUGAGCAUACGGUGUCUGACAAAGUAUGGGUAUGGUCCAAGUUCUUGAGAAAGGAAAUAUCUUUGGCAGGCCGGAAGCGUAUAUACGUCGUGAUGUUCAACAAGGAGACCUCAUUUGCAAAGUGUGACUGCAAACAUUUCGAGUGCCACGGCAUUAUGUGUAGGCACUGUUAG